AUGGCAUGGCAGCGGACCAUAAGUCAGGUGGGACGUAUUAGUGUCACCACAUUACAGCUUUUGUGCCUUGUUCAUAUUAUCAAUCAGAACUUGUUCGAAGUACGAAUGUGUAAAGGCGCCUCUAUGCUGCCCACGCUUUCGCCCUCAGGUGAUCUCGUGUUACAUGCACGGUUACCAUUCCUCCGAUUCUUAAGCACGCUUCCUUUCGCUGGUGAAGAUUUGCGCAGUAGAUUUCCCACGAAUAUUCGUGGCCUACCGUCGUCGAAACGUGACCCCAGCGCAGGAAUGGGUCUGCAAUUGGGUGACAUUGUCGUGGCCAUUUCUCCAGCAGAUCCAUCGCGAACCAUUUGCAAGCGUGUUCUUGGGAUGCCAGGCGAUACAGUCCUCGUAGAUCCCCGCGAAGGUCAUGCCAAUGAUGAGUUGGCUAUAGCGCAUCACGAUGUGAACCCAGCUGUAUCCACUUUAAUGCGUAUGCAUUCAGCCAGGACAGUCACAGUGCCGCCUGGUCAUGUUUGGCUAGCUGGUGACAACCUUGCGAACAGCACAGACAGUCGUCACUACGGCCCCGUGCCUCUCGCAUUGGUAAAAGGACGUGUAAUGGCGCGCUUGUACCCCCAUCCCCAAUGGAUGCCACCGGCAUUGCACAAACUAUCGUCUAUACCAGUUACAAACCUUGCAUAA